ACUCUGACAGUUUAGCGGAAGUGCGGAAUUCACUGAAACCGAAAUGGCGGCUGUAAAGCAGAACGUUGAGACGUGGAAAGCCAGACUAGACAAGGUUCUACACGAGAAGAAUGGCUUCACAGACCUUUUGGAGAAGAUUGAAGUGAAGACGGGCGUCCGGCGACUUUACAUCGCUCUAGGUGUUGUGGCCUUGCUAGCCCUCUACUUGAUGGUUGGUUAUGGAGCGCAGUUCCUGUGUAACUUCAUUGGAUUUCUCUAUCCUGCUUAUGCCUCGAUCAAGGCGAUCGAGAGUCGUGAGAAGGACGACGACACCAAGUGGCUGACAUACUGGGUGGUGUACAGUGUCUUCAGUCUCGUGGAGUUUUUCGCAGACAUCUUUCUCUUCUGGAUCCCAUUCUACUGGCUGCUGAAGUGCAUCUUCCUGGUCUGGUGCUUCAUCCCGGCUCAGUGUAAUGGCUCCACCAUGCUGUACUACAAGUUCAUCAGACCAUUCAUUCUGCGCCAUCAGGACAGGAUAGAUACAGCUCUCGCUGAUGCCAAGGACACUCUCAACGAAGUCUCUAGGUUUGGCUACAAGAAAAUAAACUAACCAAAGGACGUGGCUGAAGAUGCACUUCAGGAUGAAGCUGUCCGCCGUGUUGUCGACUCAGCAAAGCUGGACUAAUGAUCCUCCAUGACACGCCCAACACCAUGUCGGGAGAGUCUUCAUGCUGCUGCUGCUGCCGUCGCCGCUGCUGCUGCCACCAUGUUGUUGUACCCUGAGUUCCGGACCAACGUUUUUGUUUGCUCAACACUCUGUUCUUGUCUCCCUAUUGGGCAGAACCUGUUGUAUUGAUCUGUAAAGUAUUUGUACAAAACUGAUUUCUUUAUUCGACUGAAAACUGAACAUUUGGAAAUGAAGUCAAGUAGAUAAACGUCUUUUUAAUCAUGUUAACUAAAUAGAAGUUUCAAACUGAGGUUUUUGCAACUGUUGUUCUCUAAGUUUGAAGUGUAGUAGAGUGUGCAGUGAAUAACAGAUGUUGAGAAUAAGCAGUAGCUGGUAGGGGAUGUUGCUAGCCGCAGCAGCUGGUAGGGAUGUUGCUAACCGCAGCAGCUGGUUGGUUGAGGAUUUCGUAUGGUCGGCAUUGUAGUAACCCUAUUUUCAGUUUCAGUGGUACAAAGACGUCACGUUGAUGUUGGUAGUAUUUUGUUGCAAGAAAGUCAUUUCUAUACAUUUCAUAUUUUCAAGACAUUUUUAAUUUUUUCAUGAGGUUGUUUAUGUAACAUUGGUAAAUCUAUACUUCAAGUAAAUUCCUCUAUGUUGAUUUUGCAAACCCAUUGCUUGUCGACUUUAAUUCAGUAUUUUCUGGAUUUUAUUGGCAGUUCUUGUAAAGUUAUAUUUCUAUUUAUUUUUUGUUGAGCCAAAUUUAUUAUUUUGGAACAUUUACCAGUCAUAUCUUAUCCAUAUUUACUAUUGCAUGCAUAAUUAGAACAUUUUGAUCAAUAACAAACUUACUGUUUCCAACUUUCCUGCAUUGUAAUUUAUAUCAACAUUUGAAGUAACAUUGAUAUGCUUGACAUGUGUAGUCGUAGUCAUGUAGUUGCUGUAGUCGAUUAUUUGUCAGGGAUGUUUGUGCAAUUGCUGUGUACUCGCUGCAAUGUUAGGUAACCGUGGUAACAGCACAAUUGUGAAGUGUGAUACUUGCAUAUCCUGAUUAACAGUUUGGAAUGAAUUGGCCGUGAUGUGGAAGAUCAACUAUCAUGACAUGGUAUCUGGUAAAAAUGAUGUGACACUGUUCAUAUUUUUGAUUAAAUGACAUUGUCUAUGUCUGUGAGGGAUAGUAGGAUAUUCAUCCAGACAUAUAUGUCGAGUACUUGAAUUGAAGAAUUUGGAUGGUGUUUCAGUGCUCAUUGCAGAUGAACAGUUGGAAAAGAUUUUCAGAAAUGAUCAUAAUGAGAUGUAAUUCAAAGAAUCUUAACUUACAAGAUACUGUACAUUGUUAAACAUCAAAAUAGCAGGGUCAGAAAUUAAUUUGGUUUUACUUGUCCGGAACAAAUGACAUGCCAGGCUUAUGUCCUGAACUAGUCUAACACGAGUCGAAUUAUGUUAAUUUCAAACCCUGAAUAUGUACAAGUAUAUUGUGGCGUGAGAAAGCUUUCCCAGUGUUAUUGCCUUGGUAAUGUUUUAGUAGGGCAGACCAUGGACUGUUAUUUAUUGUACAUGUUGUAUAACCAUUCAUUGGGUACAUGAUGCUUUCCCUCCUCCGUCACUGGGAUCAGCUCCUUGUUAUCUGGUCAGUGUUGUUUAUGCUCCUCCAUAUUCUAUUCUUAUACUGUUAUGUAGGUAGAUCAUGUACCAGAAUAACUUAGUACUAACGUGUAGGGACUUCUCUCAAGCUUUCAAUCGUAAAAGUAAAUAAUGCUUCAAAAGAUUUUCAAUAAAACAGUUUAAGUUUCUUCUAGAACCUUUUAUCAGUUAGUAAUAAAUCUAUUGUAAAUUAUAUUAAUUGCUUUAGUGACUUGUGUCCUGACAUUUGAACAAGUUGGAUCAUAUUCUUGAUACUGUAUUUAUAUAUUUUCACUAUUUGUGAAAUACUCUUAAGUUGUACAAUUUCUGUCCUGUGUGCCUCCUCAAUGGCCGAGUGGAGCUUUCAGCUGCCUCGGGUCGGUGUUGCAUUAGAAAGUCUGUAAAUACUAACAUCGUCAUUUGUCUGUAUGGAUGUUUUUUCAUCAUGUUUUGGAAAAAAGGGCUGUAAUAGAUUUUUGAUCUUCCGAAUAAAUUUUGAUCUGAGA